GGUCACUGUAGUAACACCGAUCAAAAGUUCUACUGGUAAACUCUUUGGUAACGCUCAAGACGUUCGAGGGAAUUUUCUUGUGGUUCCCCCCAAUCAAGUGGAUUUUUUUCAUCCUGCACAAUUAUUUUUUACCCCUGCAGGCAUAACAAAGUGUUUUAUAGUUUAAUAUGUGUAAUAAUCAAUUAAAUGGAUUUUUUCUCCAAAUUCAACACAAUCAUUAGACCUAUAUUAAAUUUUUUGUUUUAAUAGUUUAAUUUAAUUAAUUGUGUAUCAUUUUAAUUGCAAUCCCAAGUUUUGUUGAAAACAUUUCGAGUUUCGCAAAAAAAGAGGUUUUUUUUGAUGAAGUGUUUGUCUUAAUAAAAAAUUUGUAGUUUUCAUGGAUAACAAACAAUAUAAAUCAGUUUUUUAUGUGAACAUAGUGAAAUACUAGAUGUGUUUAGAUGAAUGGAGGAAAAGAAAUACUCAGAAGACUGGUAUAAGACGUUGCGUAUAUCUGCUUAAUGAUUUUCUACUGAGAUAAUUUACCUUUCGUGACGUCACAGCAUCUUGUACAUGAAGAUGAAAUCGUGCAUUUCGCUCCUGAUUGCUGUCUUCUUCAUUGAAGUUCAAUCAAUCUCAGCACUUCAGACACAUUUCAACAAAUCUUCUGAACCAUUGUCACCUGUUUAUGUUCAUACUGUCACACCAUUGCCUGUUUCCACGGCAGAAUGGCCACCUCAAACCACAACAAGUCCCUCACAAAUCAUAACAGCAGAAUCAGCGUCAUCGGAAGCACCAACGACAGAGAUUAAUUUCACUUCCACAGACGCCAAUAAAAUUAAAACUAAAUCAACAGUCACGAAUCGCACAAGAACCAUUCAGAGGCUAGUCGGAGGUCACUUACAACAUCAAGCGUCACGGGAAAGAACGCGCAAUGACACACUAACGUGGUCAGAUAAAUUCUCCAAAAUAUACUUUCGGCGAAAAACCAGUCCUUCGCGGAAUCAACCAAGAAACCACACCAAAUCAGUAACAACACGACGACCAAUUAGGAGAAGACCUACGUCAUACAAAGAUCCUUUGGAUGAUGCAGCUCUCCUUGAGGUGGAUUCAAUUGGAAGCAAUGGGAUUGAUAAUUGGGAUAGUGGACUGCUGAGGGCGAGUGCAGGAGCAGGGAAGGAAGCAUCGAAAAAUGCUACAGGGGAUGGGAAGAAGAAGGAAGAGAAGACAAAGACUCUAUCUGACCAAGUGGCUGAGGGGAAAUAUGGACUGAUCCAGAAGGAGAUAUUUCAGAAGAAACCCCAAAGACCAGGGAUUAUCAGCUAUCUGCCAAAUCCCGAAACUCCCAGUGAUAAUAAUAAAACAUACGGAGGAUUGAGUGAAGAUGAUAUCUGGCUGGCAGAAGAUCAUCUCUUGGUCCUGAAAGGGGGUAGUUUAAAUAAAAAGGGCAAGGAUGAGUGGAAACCAAUAGAUUCCUAUGAAGCACCACUUCGUCAAGUCAAAAUACCACCCAAUCCAGAGGUACCGCCUCCAUUUCCUGUGCAGCUCGAAGAAAAUGGGCCGAUUGAAUUUAUCGGAAAUAGUCAAGUGCCGGUCUUCAAUCCAUUUGCGAAUGAAUCGCUUUUCUUACACCCCGGCGCCACGCCAACACCGCCUCCCAUCGGUGGCCAUCCGCCGGACUUUUUUGCCGGGCAGAGACCGCCUGGAAAUUCUUCGCAAGACCCCUUCCCCUACCCGCCACCCAUACCGCCGUGGUUCCUGAAUAACAACGCUACGUUUGCCAAUCCCUUCAUCAAUCCACCGCCAUUCUUCGGUCCUGGCUUCCCUCCGCCGCCCUUCUUCAUCAACGGAUCGCUUGAGAAUAUCAACAUGACGGAAUUCGACGAAGAUGAUCCAUCUCUCUACUACCCACCACCUUAUAGUUUCACCUACAAAAGCAACUACAGCAACCCCGUACCACCAGGACCAUUGGUACCCGGAAUUGUCCUACCGCCUCCACCAAAUUUCUUCAGUCGACUCGAAGGAGAUCGCAAAGCUACAACCACACGACCCCCUGUGUAUCCAUCUCGUACAACUAAGCUUUCCAAGCACACUACAACUAAGCCUGCAGUUACGAAACUGACUACAACAACCAGGGCUCCAAUUAUUCCUGGUCAUGUAGAGUUACACAAAGUCCACAUUCCACGGUACAAGGAUAGGGAAAAUGUUGUAGUCAGCUUCCAUCCAACAACAUCAACAACCACUACGACGACAACACCGCCAACAACAACCACAUCAACAACGGUGAAAUCAAUAACUACGUUGAAAAAGGUCACGAAUUCAACACCCAAUGUCAUCCAAUUCAUUCCAAAGAUCAAACAUCCGUCAGAUGAUCUGUUUAGGGGUAGUAAUCCGAUAUAUUUCGAAUACUUCGAUGCUCGAAAGUCACCAAACGCAUACCUUCCUCCUGUACCGGAGUCAACAACACCGGCUCCGCCUCCAACUCCAAUUAUCCCAGUGCGGACUGUGGGCAGUCGAGAGAAACCUAGACCUAUACCGGUAUAUAGUGAGCAUACGACAACCGAAGCUCCUGCGAUCUAUCUACCAGAAGUCAAUGGUUUCGAUUACGACAAGUACCUCUAUAUAACGCCUCAGCCUGAAAUUCAGCCAAACGGGUACACGAAUUUCGGAUCCUUAGGUCUAGACUACAGACAGCAACUGCCAAAGGCAACAAAGAUAUCAACUAAACCUCCGAUAGGAUCAUUCAAUCAGGAAAUUGAAACUAUUAGGCAAACUCUCAAGUACUACAAGAAUCGAAUACCCGUUGAAGUGACUCAGCUUCCUAGGACACCUAAAGCUAAGGCUGUGUAUGAGUAUUCGUUUGAUGCGGUUGAAGGAAGUACUCUGAAACCACCGCUAAGCUUCAACAACCCCAUUCAGAUUGAUACUACACCCUUCAAACCCAUGGUGCAGUACAGUGCACCAUUGGGUGGGGAUAUCAAUGGCUUCAAGCCAUUUGGGCAGAGCUUAUCACCGGCCUACUACUCAACAACACCUAUAACACCAGUUCAGUACUUCAGGAAGAAGCAGUCUAGCCGUACCUCUCAGAGACUACUACCUAUCCUCCAGUCCAGUACGGAAAACCCUCUGCCGACGUACUACACAAAGAAGGAGACAGCUCUUCUUGAUGACAUCACAAAGAAGUAUUUCAAUAUCUUUGGACAGAAAUUGUCAUUGGCUUCUGAAUACGCAACAGAACCAAUGAGUCCGGCAAAUAUUGAAUUCACAACGCCCACACCGGCUGUUGGUAGUACAACAACGCCUCAUUGGAUAUCAAUUGAGAAGCAAGUGUUUAGGGAAUUGGAUCCUCAAACUCGUCGUCCAAGUGCACACAGAGCACUCAAUUACUACUCGAGAAAUAUUCGUCCACUACCACUACCCUUCGAUGGCUACCACUAUGAAAGGCCUGAGGGUAGACCCUUCCCGUCCUACUACCAAAAUCCUCAACUUGAUCCCUAUAUGAGGCAAAUUGCUCUGUUGAGGCAAAAACUCCGGCAGUAUCCACAACAUCAACAGCAGCAACAACAGAGAGACUCAACACAGCAAUACGAUUUAGGAUACUUAAAUGACACUUAUGUGAAGUACUACGAACAACGACCCAAUAAAGAUAGUGAAUUCCUAGCACAUCAGAAUCCUCCGCCACUUCCACAAUAUCAACAUAUUGUCAACGCACCCAAUCGAUACAACAACUACUUCCCCAAUCGUCAAAGUCAACAGGAACCCCAACAACCAAUAUCUCUUCACAAAGACACUCUGGUCAACUACAAAUAUCCCCUGCCAGCUGCAAAUCCCGACAGUGAGUACAUUCCUCCGAAAUUGCAACAACAGCAACAUAAACAACAUCAGUACUACAACAACAGACCCUACGGAAAUCCUGUAAUCCAAUAUCAAUUGGGCGAACAAUCACACGUCUAUUUUAUCACACCACAAGAAAACAAGUACAAAGACUAGGAUUUUCUAAAUGAAGAAAAAAGAAA